CUCUAACUUGGGCGUAAACAUUGGAGAAGAAAAGUGUCACUGAAAAGGAGGACAGAUAAACCGAAAGCAUGUCGAAGGCCCCAGUGGUCACGGGCAUAUCGCCCAUAGAAGGAGUACCAGGGACCAAAGUCAUUAUUCGUGGAGAAAAUUUUGGAAAUCGUCCAGAAGACUUGAUUGGUCUAACAAUAUGUGGUGUUGAUUGCCUUAUGACUGCGGAGUGGAAAACAAGUAACAAGAUCAUUGCACGAAAUGUCGCUGGUAAUGGCAAAGGAGAUAUUAUUGUUACCACAGUUCAGGGUUCAAGAGGAACUUCUACAGUACAGUUCAAAGGAUAUCAAGAAACAAUGGGACUUCUAAAGGAAUCAGCUGUGUGGGUAGAUGAGACCAUCUUCCUCAACAUGGCUUUUGGAAGGAAAAGACCCAUGUCUCCCACAUCUGCCCUACAGGAGGACCCUCUUGGACUCUCAGUUGAAGGCAAUGAUCGCAAGGUUUUGAAUGAAGACCUGGAAGAAAUGUUUCCUGGUUGCUCAGGAGACCUCUCGUCCACUCAAUUCAACCCUGAAUGGUUCCUCCUCGAGAAUCAUUACUCCACCUCGUAUGACGAUCUCAGAGCAGGCUUGGCAUACCUCAGGCGUAAAGUUGAGACACAGAAGAUGGGUCAGAUAUCCUUCCUAAAGACGAACGUUGGCUCAGUUUUGGAACAACUUGACACACUACUUGAGCUGAAGUGCAAGUUUGAGAGUGACAUCCAAGAAUAUGGCCGUAACAUUACCCAAGUGCUAGAGAAAUCUAUUAUAGAGUGUAAAGAGGAAGCUGACAAGCUCUUUGAGGAUGUCCUGCAGCGUAAGGACAGAGCAGAUGGGACAAGGAACGCCCUCAAUGUCCUCCAUCGAUUCCGCUUCCUACUGUACUUGCCUGUUAACAUUGAGAGGCAUAUUCAGCGUGGGGAUUAUGAUGUUGUUAUUAAUGACUAUGCCCGUGCAAAAAGUCUUUUUGGAGAUACACAAGUUCCUCUUUUUAGGCGGUUCUAUAACGAGGUUGAGAAGCGUAUUGAUGAUUUACGAGGAGUGCUUGGGGAACAGCUGACUCGAAUGCCAUCAUCAUUAGAACACCAAAAGAAAAUAAUUAGAAAUCUUCACCACCUGGAGACACCCGGUGACCCAGCCUGGCAGUGUCUCACAGCGCAACAUGAGUAUAUCCUGCACCUCCUGAUUUCAGUCCGCGAUUCGCAUCUCAAUCGGGAGAUGGCAGAUCAUGACCUUGGCUCUGGGGGUGGGAAGAUGGGUGGGGGUGUAGGUGGUUCCAGACACUCAACACCAGCUGCCAAGUACAACAAGAUUAUGAUGUCAUCUGUUGGGGAAUGGCAGGCCAAUGCUCCAGUGCGUGUUCUAUGGGUAGAAGAAGCGUGUGAGGUGUUAUCCACCAACUUCCCAGAUAUGUGGAAGCUUAGUCAGGCUUACUUUGGUGGGGAACUGUUGCCUCCAUCAGCACAGGUGGACCAUCAGAAGCACCCCAGGUGUAAGGAGAUGAUCUUGGAGUUACUUCAUGUGUUCAGUGGACUGAUGCGUGGUGCCAUAAUGCCUCACUCCCUCGACCCUGUUGGUGCAAACUUCCGAAAUUACCAUGUUUGGCCUGAGGCUUCCCCUGAUCAGAUAACGCCAUGGUUACCACAAGUUUUGCGACAUGUCCGUGGGUGCUAUAGCACAUUGCUGACACAAGAUCUACCAAAUGAUGCCCUGGAUGUUGUUAAGGAUUUGAUUUUGGAUUUGAGAGUUCAUUGCUUAAUGUCAUUGUUCCAACAAACGGUAGAGCAUGUUCGCAGCCUACACACUCGAGAGAAAUGGAACCUUGAAGUUGAUGAUGAGAAUGGAGGAUGCACACAGUUGCCGCAUAUCUGUGAAAAUGUGAUUGUGGAAUGUGCCCAGCUUGUACGUGAAACUGUCCUAGAAUCUGGGCCGCGGGAAACACCACUCCUAGAUCAUCCUACUGUUCACAGGGAUAUCAUAACUCUAAUACACAAUGUUAUUGUUGCAUUUGCUCAAUCACUUGAGAAGUUGAGCCAAGUCAGUCUGCAUGACCCAGAUGAGGACGACAGUGAUUGCAACAUCAGUGAGAAUGCGCCAGGUGUUGAGGCUCAACUUCUCAUUACACUAAGCAACUGUGCCUUCAUGCGACGCACAAUCCUUCCUCGGUUAUCAGACUCUCUGGUGCGAGCUUCAUACCCUCCAGAGGCUGUGAAAGAAGCUGUAGAGCAAGCUAGUGGUACCUAUACAGAACUGCAAGAUAGGCUCUUCGAAGCUUACUUGGAAGAAAGGGUUGAUCCCAUUAUUGGCAUGAUUGAGCGGUCGAUGUACUUGGGUCAGUAUGACUGGGGUAAAGUCGAACAUCCUCCGUCAGAUGUCCGCACUUACGUCAAGGAAAUUCUUAUCAACAUAACCCACGUUCAUGCAGAGGUUGUGGGUGUGUGGCCAGGGCUUGUUGGCGGACUUGUGGGGAGAGUUGUUGAAGGUGUUGGCGAAGAAAUGUCACGUCUCAUCACCUGCGUCAGCCACUGGUCACCGGCUGGGGCACUGCAGGCACAUAUAGAUCUGGAUGCUUUGACCAGUGUACUACGUAAUCACAUGUCGCAAGCAGCUAGUGCAUCAUUCCAUGAGGCGAGAGAAAUUCUGCCCAAACUAACGGCAGCAGAUGAGAGAGAAAAGGAGGAAGUGCUAAGAAAAUUCAGAACUAACAUGCACUUCUUGCUAGCAUGCUUUGUGGAGGUUGAAUCCUUGAGGGAUAACACCACCUCUCACUCUAUUGUCUGAUACAUUGGGAUGUAUGUAUAUAUGGGUGAUGGAGAUGUGAUAUGUGACUACAGUAGAGAUGCUGCUGAGACAGAGUGCGGCCUGACAAAGGCACUGCAUAGGUAUGAACUCUGUCUGAUUCUUUUAUUUUUUCUUCCUCUUUCACUACAGGUUGUUACGCGUGAUCAAAAUGCAUAUUUAGAAAAGUCAGAAGCAGAAAAAUUAUAUUGUUUAUAUGUAAUGAAGUAGUGUCAAUUUUUAUAAGUUCUAAUAUGUUUCAUAUAUUUAUUUGUUUUAUGGUGGGAAUGGAUUUUUUACUACAUCAAGAAACCUCUGUAUUCCCAUAUCAUUUUGGAUCCAGUAUCAAUCCAGUAUCAAGUUUGUUGAAGCCAGAACACUUAUUAAUGAUUCAGUACAUUUGCUUUCUGAUAUACAAUGGAGUUAUGUGCAGAUGAAAGCAUUGUAAUUGAAAAUAUUACAGGUUGAAACUACUUAGCAUCAUAGAUUCAGAUUUAGAAUUCAAAAUGUGGUUAUUACUGAAUUCUUAUCACGCUCACACUUUAAAAGCAAAGAAGACAUAAACUGAACCAUGAUGUCUGUAUACUGUUUUAAAAGUGUUGUGUAUAAGAAUGAUAUAAGAAAUGCAUUAUAUGACCUAUAUUGAGUUUCUUCUUAUGUGUAUGUAUAUAUAUAUA